UGACAUUUAAAAGACACUGAAAGUUCUGCUGACAUUUCUGAUGUGUCUUCUCUUUCCAGGUCUCCCCCUGUGUAUGAUGAUCAUAUCGGUGUCAUCAGGAACGGUGUAUAUACAGAGCGGAUCAGACAUCUCUGACUGUAAUAUGAAGUGUCCUCAGGAUGAUGUCACUGUGGAACUGUUCAGACAAUGCGGAGGGGAGGAUAGGACAUUGCUGGAAAAUCUCUGUUAUAUAAACUUCACUAAAUCGCAUGAUUCCAGACUCCAACUGGACACAGGGAGCGGCUGCUGGAAGCUGACACAUGCCAGGAAGAGUGACUCCUGUGUGUAUAAGGUUUGGUGUCACUGUGCUCCGGGAUAUCUGAUGUUCUCUACAGAGAUCCGUGUUCUGGGUCCGGUUCUCAUCUCCAACAUCACCAGUAACUGUAGCCGGCUGGGUGAGGAGACGGCGGUGAGCGUCCAGUUCUCUGGAGAAGAGAGCGCUGUGACCUGGGAGGUGGACGGGGAGCCUCUCCCUGAAAGAUACCGGCUGAUAGAUGACAAUAGGACUCUGAUUAUCCCCGGUGUGCAGAGAGACGACGCUGAGAGGAGAUUCCGGGUCAGGAUCACAAACCCGGUCAGUGAGGAGAUCCGGGAAUACCGGCUCAUCAAUGAUACGAUGUUCAUCAGAAUGCUGGAAGCAGAAGGUUCUGAUUCACAUGGAAGGACAAGAGUGGGUCUGAUUGCAGUAGUGUUGGUCCCAGUGGUGUUCUGCAGUAUAGGAUGGAUUCUCAGAGGGAGCAGUAAAGUGAUUCGGAAAGACUCAGAGAAUGUAUUUUUGCCCGCUGUCACCCAGAAAAGAUCGGAGCACAUUAUUGGGGAUUCUGGUACUGGAAGAGACGGAGGAGAUCCGGUAACUUGUCGUUAAGGUUCCUCUAUCGAGCUGGUUCCUGUAAGGACUGCGCAGGCGCAAUCCUUGCCGACGGAAAUCU